AUGGCUGAUUUAGGUGAUCAAAUACCAACCAGUUUUCCCUCUGUCACUAAUUCUCAAACUUCUCCAGGAAUUACUACGUCCUCCAAUGUUUCUCAAAUACAAAUAGGGUCCUCAUCUGACACUAAUAAUCAGGCAUUAGCGGGACCACGUACGUCCACAAACAAUGAUAGAUCAAGCACAGAUACUAUCAAAAGUCUACGCGCUUAUAUGGAGGAAAAUAAUAACAAAUGUGAAGAAAACUCAACUGCUAUUACUCUUAUUAAAUCUACACUGGAUUCUCUUGCUGGCCCUCAAAAUCUGCCGUUUCUGUCUCAACAGCGUUGUUCCUCUCAGUUACUGAUAUCGGGUAUCCCAAAAGAUGUAAGCUCCAAACACACUAAUGUACAAACUGUAAAUCAAAUCUUUGACAAACUAAAUGUUGGGAAUCUUAUUAAAGUGACUACAAAGUUGCAAAAACAUCCCGAAAGGGAUUGGAAACGGCUAUUGCAUAGUGACAUAAGUGAAAAAGUGACCAAAUCAAACGAAAUAGUGUAUAAUUCAUACCACAAAAAAUCCGCAGCCAAGAUGGUUGACGGUAACGCUACAACAUCCAGCAAAAGAAAGGGCAAUGACUCCAGUGACCUCAACCCUGUGAAUAAAAUUCUAAGGAAAAACCCCAUCAAUAUUAAUACUGAAAUGUUCGACAGUGAAUUUCAAAAAAUGAUCGCGAAAGCACUCAACGAAAAACGAAAUGACAAAUUCCAGCCAAACAUUAAAGCAAAAAGACAACAAUCGUCUCAAAGUGCAAGUAAUGCAGAUCAAAAAACAUCAGAUGGCUGGCAACUGCCUAAACAUCCAGCGAGACCACAAAUCCAAACAGAAACACAAGUGACACCUACUGGAAACAAAUACUCACACCUAGCGAAAAAUACAAGUAAUGUAGAAAUUACUGACAAUCUGGACAACACUGAAGAUAAUAAUGACAUGGAAAUCGCACCAGAUGGCGAACAAGAAGCAGCCACCACAAACAUAACAGUGACAGCUCCAAAACAAAAAGUCCAAAGAUCUCCGCCAAUAAUUAUAAGUGAAAUCACAAUUAAAGAUGUAAUAAAAUUGCUAUGCGAAAAUAAUAUUAAUAAAACAGAGUUCCGACUGAAACAAGUAAGUCCAAACAACAAUAUUACUGUGUCAUGUAAUAACCUAGACACAUUUGUCAAAGUAAACAAAAUAUUCUUUGAUAAACAACAGCAGUACUACACGUACACCCCCAAGAGCCAAAAACCAAAAACAAUUGUUCUGAAAGGACAAUCAACAGAUCUGCCUACUGUUACAAGCUCAUCAAUAAAUAUUCUUAACCUAAACAUAAACAGUUAUCUAGCUCAUUCAACUCAAUUUCAAAUACUUGUAGACGAAUUGAAGCCUCACAUUAUAACAGUAGUGGAAACAUGGCUAAAUCCGGAUAAUCAUAUCACUCUUGCUGAUUAUACGAUUCUACGACGUGAUCGUGGUCUAAUAAAUGCUAAUGGCCAAUACAUCAGAGGUGGAGGGGUAGCUUGCUUUGUACAUAAUUCACGAAAAUCUAAGCUUCUUUUGUCCUCAGAAUCGCACGAUAUAAACAAUCCAGAAUUUAUGAUUAUUGACAUUACUUCACCUACUGGUUGCCAUAUCCUUCUGUCCUCAAUUUAUAGACGGCCACAAGGUCAACUAUUGGAUAGCUUCUUUAUCCAAUUCAGCAAAUAUUACCCACUUUACAAGAACAUUAUUAUUAUUAUGGGCGACCUAAAUUGCAACCUAUUAAAAUCUGAUCGUCCAGCAAACCACCUUAAAUCUUUUAUUACAGAAUCUAAACUCUAUUGCAUACCUUUUGGUCCUACUUUCCAUACCACAGAAACUGAUUCCUGGCUUGAUGUGAUUAUUGUUGACUGUGCAGACAAAUUAAACAAUUAUACUAAAACAGUAACACCUUUCAUUGGAGGUCAUGAUUACCUUUUUUGCAAUUAUAAAUUUGAAUCGAAAACAGCUUACGAAAAGCUAGUCAAAUUUCGGGAUUUCAAAAAUUGCGACCAUCAGGGCUUAACGAGAGACCUAAAUCAAAAACUAAACUUGGCAAAUAUAAAUCUGGAAGACACUGAACCAAACUUACUCGUCACACAUUUCAUAAAUUCGGUCACCACUUCGCUUGAUAGGUUUGCACCGUUUAUAACACGAAAACUUACUCGUCCCAAAUUUCGUCAUCGUGACAACUUAUAUAAACGAGAUCGCCGCACUGGUAAUGCAAAUCUGCUUACACUCUAUAAGAAAAGGAGAAAAGACCUAAAGAUAAAACUGAAAGCAGCAAGAGAUGCAUACUUUAAGCAAAUUUUAGAGAAAGCUACUUCACAAAGCAACAUCUGGACUAGUCUAAAAAGAAUGGACAUAAUUAAAAACAAGAAAUUCACACCUUUAGAUCAUUUUGGAGCUGAGGAAUUAAAUAAAUACUAUGCAGACAUUGUCAGUAAGCAUCCAUCAUGCUCUCGAGACUUCAUUGAAAACCCUCCAUCUCAUGUUACUAGAAAAGUAGACAGUAUUUUCAAAUGGUCACAAAUUGACAAUGUAGAUGUUACAAAAAACUUACAAAUGAUACUCUCAAAAUCAAAGGGCAAAAGCCCUGACGGACUUGACCUCAAAUGGCUAAGAUAUCACAUACCUUGCAUCUCACUUUAUACAAAAAUCAUAAUCCUAGGUAGUAAUAGAAAACUAAGACAACUAAAUAACAGUCAUCUUCCUCAAAUUAUAAUUGACGGCAAUACUAUUCCUUAUGUGACCUACACUAAACAUCUUGGAAUACAUCUGUCAAAUAAUCUCUCAUGGGACGCUCAUGUGGCUCACAUAACUCGAAAGGUCUAUGGAACACUAAACUGCCUGAAACACAGGAAAAAUAUACUCUCAACGUCCACGCGCAAACUUCUUAUUACGGCGACCAUCGUACCAAUCAUUGAGUACUGUUCAUUAGUCUUGAUUGAUUCUUCGAAAAGAUUGGACUACAAACUACAACGUCUUGUAAAUAAUUGUAUUAGAUUCAUCUAUAAUCUAAGACGUGAAGAGUACGUUACUCCCUAUCGAGAAUCUCUAAACUGGCUAACGAUUAAAACUAAAAGACGCUAUUGUCUGGCAUGUUUUCUCUAUAAAAUCUUCAAAACGGAUGAACCCAAAUUCCUAAAAAAUCUCUUUAUAGAAGAGUAUCCAGACAUUAGACGAUCAGAUAGAAUAGCAGCUAAAUCUAACAACAUCACCUUCAAAAUUCCAAGCUUCUCAAGCACUGUAUAUGAACAUUCUUUUGUAAUAUCCGCUAUUCGACUUUGGAGGGAAUUACCAAUUGAAUUAACUGAUUCAUUCAGCUUGGAUACUUUCAAAACCACCUCAUACGAAUUCUUUUCUCACCAAGAACGAGAAGAAACCAGGGGAGAUACUUAA